GAAGAAUUGAGUAAGGGGUGAGGAGGGUGAGUAAAGGGUGAGGGGGGUAAUUGACCACGCUGCCAGCACUUUGACAGGAGGUCCCAUCCACGCCCGGUGCCCCUGCGCGCUCUGCUGACGCAACCACGUCGCCCGUGGCUCAACGCGAUGGCGGACCGCACUGUCCCCAGACCUGCCCAGGAAGGAACGGAGCAAAGUCACUGACUGAGCCUCUCUCCCCGGCUCCGUCACACGCGACCACCUGUUUUAUAAAGAAACAAACUAACCCAGACAGAGGGGCUGCUGUCACCGCGGUCCCUCCCGUGAAGUAGUAUGUGGGACGGGAUCCGCUCGGAGCGCACCGACCGGGACGAGCCAGAAGUGGAGUGAGCGGAGCGGAGUGCGCCGGGCUGACGCGCCGCAUGUGGAGCUGCAGCAAGUUCACUGACAUUCACACUAAAACAGAAAGUCGCGUCGACGGGGACAGAAGCUGAGGAUUUUAAGGUUCGAAGAGGGGGACAGCUGCUCCGGCAAAAUGAAAUUCGCGGAGCAUCUUUCUUCCCACAUCACUCCCGAGUGGAGGAAACAAUAUCUCCAGUAUGAGGCGUUCAAGGAAAUGCUGUAUGCUGCCCAGGACCAAGCUCCAUCCAUAGAAGUCACUGAUGAAGACACGGUGAAGAGAUACUACGCCAAGUUUGAGGAGAGGUUUUUCCAGACCUGUGAGAAGGAGCUGCUGAAAAUCAACACCUUCUAUUCAGAAAAGCUCGCUGAAGCCCAGAGACGUUCUGCCACGCUGCAGAAUGAGCUCCAGUCAUCACUGGACGCUCAGCGCGAGAGCAACGCACCGCCCGGCCUUCGCAAGCGCAAGACCAUGUUCCACCUGUCGCAGGAGGAGCGCUGCAAACACCACAACAUCAAGGACCUGAAGUUAGCCUUCAGCGAGUUCUACCUCAGCCUCAUCCUGCUCCAGAACUACCAGAACCUGAACUUCACUGGUUUCCGUAAGAUCCUGAAGAAACAUGACAAGAUCCUGGACACUCCUCGCGGCGCAGACUGGCGUGUGGCUCACGUGGAGGUGGCGCCUUUCUACACCUGCAAAAAGAUCACACAGCUCAUUUCUGAGACAGAAACUCUUGUCACCACAGAGCUGGAGGGAGGAGAUCGUCAGAGGGCCAUGAAGAGGCUGAGGGUUCCUCCACUGGGGGCAGCUCAGCCUGCUUUGGCGUGGACAACCUUUCGUGUGGGUCUCUACUGCGGCUUCUUUAUCAUUCUCGCCAUCGCCUUUGUUCUCACCGGUGCUGUGUUCAUCCGCUACGAGAACGUGUGGCCUCUGGUGCGGAUCUAUCGGGGCGGUUUCCUGUUGAUCCAGUUCCUCUUCCUGUUGGGCAUCAACACUUAUGGAUGGAGGCAGGCCGGAGUCAACCAUGUUCUCAUCUUCGAGAUCAAUCCCCGCAACAACCUGUCACACCAACACCUGUUUGAGAUCGCUGGUUUCCUGGGUGUGUUGUGGUGUCUCAGCAUCCUCUCCUGUCUCUACUCAGAGUUCACCUACCUCCCCAUGCAGAUCAACCCUCUCAUCCUUUAUGGCUUCAUGCUGCUUUUCCUCAUCAACCCUUUCAAGACCUGCUACUACAAAUCACGUUUCUGGCUCCUCAAGCUGCUGUUCCGCGUGUUCACGGCGCCAUUUCACCGUGUGGAGUUUGCAGACUUCUGGUUGGCUGAUCAGCUGAACUCGCUGGUGUUUGUCCUGAUGGACCUGGAGUAUCUCGUCUGCUUCUACAUCUUCGAGCUGCAGUGGAGCAACAGCAAGGGUCUGCUGCCCACAGUUAAAGAUCCUAAUGACUAUAUGUGCCACAGCUACUCGUACGGUCUGCGUGCCAUCAUCCAGUGUCUGCCCGCCUGGUUCCGCUUCAUCCAGUGUCUGAGGCGUUACCGUGACACAAAGAGGGCCUUCCCUCACCUGGUGAAUGCUGGGAAAUAUUCUACCACCUUCUUUGUCGUCACCUUUGCUGCGCUAUACGCCACACACAGAGAACAAGGACACACGGAUGCCGACAUGUUCUUCUAUCUGCUCAUCGUCUUCUCCACCAUCAGCUCCCUCUACACACUGAUCUGGGAUCUGAGGAUGGACUGGGGUCUGUUCGACCGUGGAGCCGGAGAAAACACCUUCCUCAGAGAAGAAAUCGUUUACCCCCAUAAGGCCUACUACUACUGUGCCAUUAUCGAGGACGUGAUCCUACGUUUUGCCUGGACGAUCCAGAUCUCUCUGACCACAACGACAAAGAUCCACUCUGUGGGCGACAUCAUAGCCACCGUGCUCGCUCCUCUCGAGGUCUUCAGGCGUUUUGUGUGGAACUUCUUCCGUCUGGAGAACGAGCACCUGAAUAACUGUGGUGAGUUCCGUGCGGUGAGGGACAUCUCAGUGGCGCCGCUCAACGCUGACGACCAGACGCUGCUGGAGCAGAUGAUGGACAGCGAGGACGGCGUCCGGAACCGCUCGGGCAAGAAGACCUGGAAGAGGUCCUACAGCCUGUCACUCCGACGCCCCCUACUGUCCUCCUCACAAUCAAAAAAGGACACGAAGGUGCUAAUCGAAGACACGGAUGAUGAGGCCUUCAGCUGAGUCCACAACGUCAUCACACACACAACCACACACACACACACACUCAGACAUAGUAUACUUAUACGGACCUCAUUCACUAACAUCCAACCUCAGCCCUCCUCCCUUAUAGUUCUCUCUAUGUGUAGUGACCCCGUCCCCCCCAGCUCAAACCUUUAAAUCAGGACUCUCAGUCUGAAUUUACCUCAUCUCUACUUGUUUGUGAGUACAUUUGGUCUUUAUAAGUAUAGGAACACACUGUAAUGUAGAAACACACACACACACACACACACACACACACACAUAUAUAUAUAAACCUGCUGAAGCACAAACACAGAGUAGUAUUGCUACAGUCGAGAGUAGACAGACAGACAGACAGACAGACAGACAGGUGGACAGACAUCAUGCACGUAACUAGUAACACAGACCACACUGCCCUGAGAUUAUUCUCUUCUUUUUUAAUGGACUUUUUAGUCUGUUGUUGUUGUUUCUUUAGAUUAUCCUCGAUUGUUUUCUUUCCUGGAUUUAAAAAGGAGAAUCUGUACACAUGAGGCUACACACGACUGUUUACACGUCUUUCUAACUCCACUAGGAUCAACAGGGAGAAGACAAAGCCGACUGAAAGACUUAACAUGAAUCAGUAGAAACCCGAGGAAGGACUCUUCACACAUCGCAGCAUAUCAAAAAACAAAUCAACUGGUUUCCACUUGUUGAUUCUUUUUAUAUCCAUCUUCUUUCUUCUUUUUCUUUGCCGAGCUGUAAUAACGUCAGUGUACAAUCACAGUCCUUGCAGAGGCACUUGCAGGAAAAGUGCGUUUUAAUACACAGAGCAUGAAAAAAAAAAACUACUUGUACACAAAAGGGAUGUUUUGACUCAAACAUUUCUAGUCUGUGAUGUUGCUUUGUAAUAUAUUUAAUAUAUUUGAUGUAUGUUAUUACUCUAUUACAAUUGUUCAGUACUUCUACAUGUGUUGUUUAUACUAGUGAGACUAGUUUAAUGAUCCACACGAUGAUUGUUAAUGUAUUUUAUAACAUUUGGAAAUGUUUUUUCUUGGUUAUACUUGUGCCAAAAUUUUAAUAAGCUCGUUUUCCGUCCUCGAUUUUAUGCCCAACCUCCAAUUAGAGCAAAAAUGACUCGUGAGUCGUCACAGUUAUGGUUUCAGGUCACCUCAAAGUGCCCUGUUAGCUACCGUCUGUUGUAUGUGCAUUGAGAUUCUCUGCAUUAAUUACCAAAGCUUUGUUUUUAAUGAAUGUGUCUGCGGCUUUUUAUAUCCAACCUGUCUGAGUGGCCCGAAAGCUUAUUUAAAAGAUUGGAGUGUUUUUCUCUUAUUCUCUUAAAGUGCAUGUGUUAUUGGGCUGUAUUAGCAGGUAGUCUCUGUUUUGUAGGUGCUCCCAGUAAUAUGAGUAGAAAUAGAAUUGCACUCGGUAGGAAGCAUACCUCCGCCAAGGUCCAACAGUCCCCCAAUAAAACCACGGUUAUCACACACAAAAAUAUCAGCAUGACUGAUUUCUUUCAUCAAGAUCCAUGAAUUAUCCUCCGAGAAAUCAACUAAAAUGUAAAAAGACUCAAAAUUUCAUGCAAACUAACAAACGCAGAUGAAAACGUGACCUUGCUGGAGGUGAUUACUAGUAUUACUGUCAAUGUUUGUGUAGAAUAGCGAUCAUAGGCCCUAUAGGAAGAAAACGCUCAGUGUUGCCAGAUUGAACAGUUUCUACCCACUUUUGUACAGUUUCAGUGGAUUUCCCAAAAUUGAUAGUUUGGCUUUAUAUUUCAAUGUGUUUGCCUAUUUUUAUUCUACGAGUAAGAAAUCAUCAAACAUCUGAAAUGACAAUUAAAGUACAUUUUUUGAUGAUAAGGCUCCUUGGUGGAAGUCAGAACUGGCAACACUGCAUAAGCUCAUCGAGGGCCCUUACAGUAUAUCCAGUAAAUAUGUGGAAACCCUGACACGUCUCACAGCUCUUGUGUGGGUUUGAGCUCCUGAAUCAGGGACCUAGGUGUGAUUUUUCACCACAUUCUGCGUCACCGGAUUUGUUCAACUCUAAUGUUGGUCGUUAAUUUUAGCACUCUUUAAACAAUAAUUUCAAGUUUGAAUUUGACACAGACAACCAGGAAAACGUGCCACUGUUCGACCCUCAUCUCAUCCCUGAGCCGGCAGCCUUCGUUUGCAGAGCUGUUGCUUCAUCUUUUUAAAAACGUGCUGAUGUUCAAAGGCCCCCUGACUUUUAGAGACACGUCUCUGUAGCUUCAGUGCUGGUUCAUGUGUCUCACUCUCUCUCCUCGCUGCACUCUCUGCUCUGCUGUUCCUCCCUGUGGCUGCACUGAGUCACCAUUGCUCAUGAAACAAAUCACAGAAAGCUACAAAUGUGAAGCAGAAACGUUCCCGUUUCUCCCACUUCUGUUUUUGUUUGUUCCCGCAGCAGCUUAAAGACUCAGUUUUGUGCGUGAUGAGCUUAAUGUGAACUGGAAACCUGGAAAGUGAAUUGCUGUACCUGUUAAAACGUAGAUGGGUAGCUUCCCUGUCUAUUCAAACACACUGGACACAUAACUGUACAUGACGUACGUGACACACACACACACACACACACCGGCCCUCUCUCUCGUGUCGGAGAGCACAACACUACAGCAGGUAGUUUUUGUAAAAAGGCUCUGUUGUCUUGCUUGCAUGCUGCUUUUUGUUUUACAUUGUACAUAGAUCUUAAUUUAUUCGACAUGAUGUGUAUAGUAUCGAUCAUUGCAGCCCCUCUGACAAUGAUCGGUUUCGUAUGUUGCCAUGUUUGCUCUGAGACAAGCAGUAUUUUCUAGGUGACGAGGAGCGUUUUGUCGACCCUGCACUCUUUCAUGUGUAAAUCUGUCGAAAGUGUUUGUAUUAAACUAAGAGGGAAAAAAAGAAGAUCCAUAGAAAUGGAGAACGUGAUUGGUUGUAUUUAUCGGUGAUUCCUUCUUAUUUCGAGGCGUCAUCGUCGUCAGGGGUUGGGGGUUAUAUCCCCGUGUCCUGCAGCUGUAAUCCUGUUUGUACAUCUGUGAAUGUGCAUGAAACUAUAACUAUGUGGACGUUGCGUCUGUUGUUGUGAGCCUCCCUGCAGACAGAAGCACUUUGAGUUAGGGAGCAGGAGCGAGGACCCACACCACACUCAUUACAAGAUACCGUUAAACUGAUCCCAGAUCUGCUCAAGCUUCUCAUCCCGUUCUCAUAAACAGAACAGGAACUUUAUUUGCUCGCUGGAAGCAGUUCAAGAUGCUCCUCAAACAUUUUUACAGUUUGUGGAUCCGACAGACGAAUAUA